AACUCUGCUCCAACAGUAAGCCAUAGCUCGCCUCGCCCCCACCCCGACGCAUCCGGCGGCCGGCGCGUACUACGGCGAUCCCCUGCUCCACCCCCGAUGCCUCGUCUUCCGCCAUACCGGCACAUUUCCGGCGACCCUACCGCCGACUCCGGCAUGGUUAAACUCCUCGCCGACAUCGUCCACCACACUUCGCCGUUUACCUGGCCGUCCGCCCUCACCGCGCCGCUGCUCCGCAGCCGCCUCGCGCCCGCGCACGUCGCCUCCCUCCUCCUCCUCCCCGCCUCUCUCCGCCGCCCCGACCUCUCCCGCCGCUUCCUCCUCCUCCUGCCUCCCCACCUCGUCUCCCCGGUCUCCCUCUCCCUCCUCGCCCUCUCCUUCCUCUCCUCCUCGCCCUCACCCUCGUCUUCGGCGUCCUCCCCGCAUGCCGCCUCCCUCCUCCUCUCCCUCGCGUCUUCCACUCCGUCCGCGUCCUCCUCAUUUUCGUCACUCUCACAAGCUAACUCCCUGGCCACCUUCCCACCUGGCGCCGCCGCCGCCGCCGCCACGCUUCUUGCGUCCUCGUACCUCCGACUCCGCCGCGCCCGCGACGCCGCCGCCGUCCUCCGCCUGUCCCUUUCGUCUGGCAUUACUAUAAAGCAAUAUACUGCUUCGCAGAUAUUGUUCUCUCUUGUCAACAUUCGGCAGUUUGCUCUUGCCCGCGACCUGUUCGAUGAAAUGCUCAAGUCCGAUGUUCGCCUGGACGAGUACGUUUACACUGCUGGAAUUCGGGCCUACUGCGAGAUGAGAAAUUUGGAUGGUGCAAGGGGGCUGGUGGCGAGGAUGGUAAGUGAGGGCGUCAAGAACAGUGCCGUGCCGUACAAUGUAUUGAUGUACGGCCUCUGCAAGAAUAAUCGUGCUCAUGAGGCAGUGGAGGUGAAGAACGGCAUGGUGGCGAGAGGAGUUACGGUUGAUGAAGUGACCUACCGGACUUUAGUUUAUGGGUUUUGUCGCAUUGAGGAACUUGAAAUGGCAUUGGAAAUGACAAAUGACAUGCUUAGGCUGGGAUUUGUGCCAUCAGAAGCCAGUUGCUCAUUUAUGCUUGAUGUGCUACGGAAGAAGGGGCUUGUUGAGGAGGCUUUCAGUUUAGCCUGUCAAUUAGGUGAGUUGGGAAUGGUUCCAAACCUGUUUGCGUGUAAUGCAUUGAUUGAUAAACUGUGCAAGGAUGGACGAUUUGGUGAGGCAGAAAGGCUCUUCACAGGGAUGACAAACAGGGGUCUAGAGCCAAAUGAGGUGACUUAUGCUAUAUUGAUACAUUCGUUGUGCAAGAGGGGGAUGAUGGAUGAUGCCCUUUGCAUGUUUAAUAGGAUGAGGGAGAAGGAAGUCGGAGUGACAGUUUAUCCAUACAAUUCUUUAAUUAAUGGUUACUGCCAACAAGAUGAUUUUGACCGGGCGAGUGGCUUUCUGAGUGAGAUGGUUGAGAAGGGAUUGACACCGAGUGCAGCAUCAUAUUCUCCCUUCAUAGCUGGUUUAUGUCGGAAAGGGGAUCUGUCCGGUGCUAUGGAACUACAUAGGGAGAUGACCAGGAAUGGUGUUGCAGGGAAUAUUUAUACGUUUACAGCGCUUAUCAAUGGUUUCUGCAAGGAUAGAAAUAUGGAUGAAGCUGCUAGGUUGUUUGAUAAGAUGAUUGACAGCUCCCUAGUACCAAACGAAGUAACUUUUAAUGUCAUGAUAGAAGGGUAUUGCCGGGUAGGCAAUAUUACGAAGGCAUUCCAGUUAUAUGAUCAAAUGAUGGAUAGGUGCCUAACACCUGAUAAUUACACUUACAGGUCCUUGAUAAGUGUACUUUGCUUGAUGAUUGGCGCCUUGAAAGCAAAGGAAUUUGUUGAUGAUCUAGAAAAUAACUGUGCUGUGCUAAACAAUUUUAGCCUAACAGCACUUCUACAUGGAUUCUGCAAAGAAGGAAGGUUAACUGAAACAUACCAUGUUUGGAAUGAGAUGGCAGUGCGGGGAGUCAAGCUUGAUCUUAUAAGCUUUACUGUAGUUGUAUAUGCAGCUCUAAAACAGCAUGAUAAGGAAAAAUUAUGCUUGUUACUUGGGGAGAUGAAAGAAAAAGGUGUCAAGCCAGAUAAUGUGUUCCAUACAUGCAUGAUUGAUGUGCACUCAAAGGAAGGAAAUAUGGUUCAGGCUUUAAAUUGCUGGGAUAAGAUGAUUGCUGAUGGUUGCGCUCCAAAUGCUGUCACAUAUACAGUUUUAAUAAAUAACCUUUGCAAGUCAGGAUAUUUGAGCAGCGCAGAGAUCCUCUGUAAAGAAAUGUUAGCUGGACGCCUUCUUCCUAAUAGCUUCACUUAUAACUGCUUUCUCGAUUAUCAUGCAACUGAAGGAGAGCUGGAAAAGGCUAAAGUUCUACAUUCAGCCAUGCUUGACGGCGGUUUAGCUAACGUAGUGACAUUUAACACAUUGAUCAAAGGGUUCUGUAAGGUUGGGCAGAUCCAAGGGGCAAUUGACAUUAUCCACAAGAUUACCGACAGUGGUUUUGUUCCUGAUUGCAUCAGCUAUUCUACAAUAAUACAUGAGCUCUUGAAGAAGGGUGAUACAAAUAAAGCGUUUGAGCUUUGGAGUGAAAUGGUAUCCAAGGGCUUGAAGCUUGAUGUUAUAGCAUACAAUAUUUUGAUACGCUGGUGCAAUAUUCAUGGUGAAUUUAGCAAAGGUUUAGCAGUAUACAGUGAUAUGGUCAAGAGUGGGGUGGAACCAAACUGGGACACUUAUAGAGCUCUUUUCGUAGGAGCUUCUCUGAUGACCAAGAAGGGAGAAGCUUUACCACUGACCACCUGAUGUUAGGGCAACAAUUUUCAUGUUCUCAUCUACUAGCAUAGGCUGAUUCCUUGCAUCAUGGCUGGGGUGCCAGAUGCCAAGACCAAUCAUUCCCUGAGCUGUUGCUUCAUACACUAGUGGGCAUAAUAUACAAGGGCUUUCAACUUUUUCCAUGUUUGAGCUGAUGGAUUCAUGGAUUCCAGUCUUUUCAGGUAUUUAGCCUGCUUGCAAAAAUAGGUUGAUUAGGCCAAACUUCGUCUCACUCAAAUCUCAGUUGCUGUCUGUAACUGCAAGGGUGAAAUGAGGAAGUCCACAAUUAAAGUGAUAGGGUGUGAUUGAGGACCUGAGCAUAUCAGGAAAAAUACCAGGUGCUUGGAAUCUUUUAUUGUUCUUGAAUCUUGCUGAAACUGAUCAUGAGUUUUCAUGCUUCAACGCAAUACUGCCAUCGGAUAAUAUAUCCCAUGCUAUGCUAUUCCUCGUCUAAGCUCAACAAGCAUAACAAUGGUCUCUUCAGUAUCUGCAUAGCAUGGUAUAUCACUAUAUCUUCUCCAUUUACGAUUGUCAGUGCAAUUUAGUCAUCUAAACAAGCUAGUAUGUUAUCUACUGGGGACAAGAAAACUGAGCGUGCAUUGUGACAGGACUACGAUGUUCAUCGAAUAGAUCUUGGUCCAUGUUGUUCAUCGAAUAGUACAUCAUGCCAUGCAACAGUGACCACGCUAAUUUCUACUCAUUGAUAUGGUCACUUCAAGGAAAUGCACAGGCAUCAAACUUCUAGAUUCCCUGUUUAUUUGUUUCUUCACUUGGAAAGCAAGUUUUCUUGUUUGUUGCAAGUCACAACUUGCAAUAACACAGGUGACACUUGCAGCACCAUUUUGAAUUUUGCUUUGUGUUUGUUUUCAACAGUUACUUUCACUUUCAAUAUAUACCUCAAUCUGACCAAACAAUUUUCAUCUGUUGCUUAGUUUCAUGAAUUCUGCUCGCAGUGAUAAUGGACUCCUUUAUCUGUCCAUGGUGGAUGUUCCAGCAGGUAUCUGACAUCGUCUGGGCAAAAUUUGCUUGACGAGUUGCUCAUAAUCCUUAUAGAGUUUACAAAAAUUAUACCUGCUGUUAGUUUGUCGUACAACAGAUUCCAGAUUCAUUGUUUGUACAGAUUGUUGUUGUACCAAGUAGGAGCAAUCUGAUGCCCUGAUCGUUCUGUAAUAUGUACUGUAUAUGCUUUAACCCUCAGAGCCAUCAAACGAGCCAAUAGAUUUUCUUUAUAACAGUAUAUAAACAGUACAGAGCAAUUAGUCAAUUUUCUUUGGGAACCAA